GGUAAGUUCAGUGCAGUUUUCAACUGACCUCUGGAUACAGAACUUCAGCCAUGAAGAUAACAAGCAUCUUUCUUCUCACUGUCUUGGCCCUGUUGAGUUCAUCAGGUAGGUUUCAGCAGCCUACUUGUAUAGAAAUUGGUGGAUGCAACAAGGUUUAUGACCCUGUCUGUGGAAAUGAUGGGCGUACUUAUCCCAAUGAAUGCACUCUAUGUCGUGAAAAUAUGCAGCGACAGUUUCCUGUCUUGAUUAAAAAAGAAGGGCCUUGCUAA